AUGUCGCGCCUCUUUCACAAGCUGGCGGACAAGCUCGAAGAGGGCUUGCAGCACGCUGAGGCUACUACUAUCGGCUUGCUUAACCCUGAUCGUCGCCACGAUGAUCCCGAAGAGAAACGUCAGGACGAGAUACGCGCUGAGAUCAACGCGAGCCAUCGCUUCCUGUCCUUUGCGGGUGAACGCUCUCAGAACUUCGUGAAAUGGCACAUCGAUGGGUGUGACUACUUCUGGGCGUUGUCCGAGAUGCUCGACAGUGCUAAGGAGUGCAUCUUCAUCCUGGAUUGGUGGCUCACACCUGAGCUCUUCCUUCGUCGCCCGCCUGCGGACCACCCAGAAUGGCGUCUUGACCGGAUCCUGAAGCGCAAGGCCGAGCAAGGCGUCAAGAUCUACGUGAUCGUCUACAAGGAAGUGACCCAAACAAUGAGCAUGUCGUCGUCGCACACGAAGCAUGCCCUCGAGGCACUUCAUCCCAAUAUUGCGUGCAUGCGCCAUCCCGAUCAUAUCGGUUCCAAGGAUGACGUCGAGUUCUGGUCGCACCACGAGAAGGUCGUGGUCGUAGACAACCAUCGCGCCUGCAUCGGUGGUCUGGACAUCUGCUUUGGUCGCUGGGACACGCACACGCACCCUCUGGCGGAUGUGCACCCAACUGACUUCAGCCGCACGCUCUUCCCGGGCCAGGACUACAACAAUGCCCGCAUCGUCGACUUCCAAGAUGUCAAGAACUUCGUAUCCGGAACCAUCGACAUCACGACAUCACCACGCAUGCCCUGGCACGAUGUCCACAUGACCCUCACGGGCGACGUCGUCCUUGAUAUUGUCCAGCACUUCACCGAGCGUUGGAACGAGGUCAAGAAGCGCAAGUACCGCAACGAUGAGCACUAUGACUGGCUUGCGCUGCCGCAUCGCGUAGACAUCGCGCCGAACGAGGCCGUCGCGCGCCACCCGCAUCUUGAGCGGUGGCACGGGAUGGGCCGGCAUUGGCGCCAGCGCUUCCACCUUACCCCCGACGACGAGGUUGAGGAUGACCCCGAGCGCUACCCUCUUGCUCCGCAGGGCUCUUGCCGUGUGCAAGUCUGCCGCAGCGUCAGUGACUGGAGUCAUGGCGUGUUGACGGAGCACAGUAUCCAGAACGCUUAUAAGCAGCUCAUUCUCGAGGCGAACCACUUCAUCUAUAUCGAGAACCAGUUCUUCAUUUCGAACACUCAAGAUAGCGGCGUGGUGAAGAACACCGUAGCCGCGGCGCUCGUUGAGCGCAUCGUUCGGGCGGCUCAAGCCGGGGAAAAGUUCCAUGUCAUCGUCAUCAUUCCUGAGGUUCCCGCCUUCGCGGGCGACGUGAAGGACGAGACUUCGCUCAACAUCAUCCUCGCGGGUCAAUACCGGACCAUCAACCGCGGCGGCCACAGCAUCUAUGAAGAGAUUCGCAAGGCGGGCUUCGAGCCGACCGACUACAUCCGCUUCUACAACUUGCGCGUCUACGAUCGUAUCAAUGCGCCCAAGCAGACGUUGUUGAAGGGUAUGGAGGAGCGCUCCGGCAUAGACUUCAACCAGGCGCAGGUCGCACUCGCACGCCAGUUCGUCGGAGAUAGCGCCGACCCUGAGCAGCCGCAGGAGGUCAAGAUCAAGAUCAAUCAGGCCAACACGGACGGUCUGGUCGUGACCGACACGAGCAAGGUUGAGGAGAAGACGUACAAGCUGCCGCAGAGCACUGAGGAGGCUGUCGAUAUCAUCGAGCGGUUCGAACGCAGCGCAGAGUCAGGCAGACGCAACGACGACGUCUCAGACACCGUUGGUCAGCAUGCUCUCCAGGAUGAAACCGAGCUUGCGGACGAGCGUUGGUUGGGCACGGAGCAGGAGGAGCUUGACAGCUACGUAUCCGAGCUUUCGUACAUCCACACCAAGCUUAUGAUCGUGGAUGAUCGCCGCGUCAUUAUGGGCUCCGCCAACCUCAACGACCGUAGCCAGAAGGGCGACGGUGACUCCGAGAUUGCACUCGUCGUCGAAGAUGAGGACAUGAUCAAGACCACGAUGAACGGCAAGCCGUACAUGGCCGCGCGUUUCGCAGCGUCGCUACGCCGCAAGCUCACCCGCCAGCACCUCGGUCUCAUCAAGCCUCAGAUCCCGCAGAAGGCGCACGAGCACGUCGACUCUUUCAUGCGCGCGGCACCUAUUCCAAACGAUGACGAGUUUGAGACGGAAGAAGAUGCCCUUGUCGCUGACCCACUCGGUGAUGAGUUCGAAGAGCUCUGGCGUCGCACCGCGCACGAGAACCGUGCGAUCUUCCAGAAUCUCUUCAAGCCCGUUCCCAGCGACCUCGUGCGCAACAACAAACAGUACGAGGAGUACGUUCCCAAGGUCGUUACGGGUCACGUCGUGCCUGGGAUCGGUCUUGAACGCGUCAAGAGCGACCUCGCGCGCGUCAAGGGCAGCCUGGUGGAGAUGCCGUUGGACUUCCUCAUCGAAGAGGAGAAGUUCGUCAAGAAUCCCACCUGGGACGGGCUCAACCCUACCCUCCCAAUCUAUAUCUGA